CGCCGAGUGAUUGGUUGCUGGCGCAGCACAUCUAUGGCGAGGUCGACGUUACUUUAAAUUAUGCUCUUUCUUCUGGUUGCAUUCCUCUGCACAACCGUAUUUACACAGCAGACUCUCGGAGACGAAUACACCAGGGUAACACGUCCGAUUGUGAAGAAGUUGGAGUUCAAAUCGGACGCCGAGCGGAAAGCGUACGAUGAAAAGACGAAACCGCAAAUCGACGGAAUUCCAACUGGAACAAAGCCAGCGCAACCAAAUGCUGGGCGUCCCACAAAUCGGAUUACGGCGUACAUCGUCGGCGGCACCAAGGCUUCGAGAGGGACGAUUCCGUGGAUCGCAGGCAUAAAAACUGGAGACGGCUCAGCCUUUUGCGGCGGCUCUCUCAUUACCGAAAAUGCAGUUCUGACCGCGGCUCAUUGCGCUAAAAAUGUUGCGAAAUUCGUCGUCUACCUUGGCAUGCAAAAUUCUCAGGCGCGAUCAGAAAGUGGACGAACCGUCAUGACGUCGAAGACAAAAUAUGUGAACAAAGGUUACAACAAAAAGUUGCUGAUACACGACAUCGCCAUCAUAAAAUUACCAAGAAAAGUGUCAUCCAACUCGUUCAUCAAUACCGUGAAACUUCCGACCGCUUCCGAUGCGAGCAAAACAUUCGUUAACACGACCGCCACAAUUGCCGGUUGGGGGCUCACAUCUGACAAAAGCACGAAAAUCAGCAAAGAACUCAACUACUUGGACGACAGAAAAGUCAUCUCAAACUCCGAUUGCGCCGCGACGUACGGGGAAAUUGAAAGCACCAUGAUUUGCAUCAGUGGAUCUGAUAAAAAAGCAAUUUGCAGCGGAGACAGCGGCGGACCUUUGACCUAUAAAGAUGCCAACGGGGCUAACGUUCAGAUUGGAAUUGUGUCCUUCAGCCACCCAUCAUCGUGCGUCGGCUUCCCCCAGGUUUUCACCAGGGUCAGCAGCUACCUGAAGUUCAUUUCGGAUCACACCGGGUUGAAAAUUGAGGAUUAAUAUCAAGCAAUUAGCAAUAAAGACCAGAGUGCAUUUUAUUUCAA